UCAGGUAGCAAGAAGGACACACAGCUGGUGCUGGUCCUGAAUACUUGGCUGGGGCCUGGGAGGGCAGUGAGUUGGCUCUGCCCAGAGAGGCGCUGGUGGUGCUCUGCAGGAGCUGCUGCUGAACAAUCCCUCAUUUCUGCAAGAUGAGCAACAUUGAAGAUCUGAUUGCGCUAAUGGAUGUAGGCCGGUGUGUGGGCAUCCAGAUAACCAACAACACCAGAGAUGUGACCCUCGAGUACCCCAGGACUUACUGUUUCAGCGGCCGGGCCAGGACAGACCCUGUGCCCCAGAUCCCCCCCGGCUCCUCGGGGAGCUGUCUGUUUGUGAAAACAAGCUACACGGCCCGUGGGAGCGUUGGGGUGCUGAGCUACGAGUCCGACGCCUUCACCCUGGCCAUCAUGUUCUCCAACCCCUUCGACCGCAUUCUCUACAACACUGAGUUUGCCAUAGAGCUCUUUGCUGGCAGGAAGCACUUUGAAAGCAUGGAGAACCUGUACCAUUAUAUGUACAGCCAGGGCCCACUCUAUAAGUGCGAGUCCUACAGGAAAGUGAAGCUCGAGGUCCUGGAUGGCCAGCUGGAGGUGACCAACGAGAAGAUCCAGCUGGAGAUGCUUCAGAGAAGAGAAAGGACAAUAAGAAGGAAGGGCAGAUGCCCCAAAUCAUUCCUCCCUUUCUCUCUGCCUAUGGCACCCAGGACCCCUGCAGGACAAGGGAGCAGCAUUGGACCAGGGGAGGGAUCUUGACUGAAAGUUCAGUCAGUAGAACUGCUGGAACAUGUGAUCUGCCCAUCUAACUGGCCCUGCAUGUGGAACUGGAAGCAUUUCAGAGAAUGCAACCAUGGAGAUCCUGAACUUUAAUCUCUCACCUAGCAGCCUAAAUUUGGCCUCCAGGACCUCUCUCCGACUUUUCCCUAUGUUACUGGUACCUACUAUGUACCAUCAUAUUAUAAAAACAUUGCAAAAAGGAGGAAAACAAUAAAAAGGCAGAGCAGGUUGGGCUGAUAAUGUGAAAUCACAAAACACAAGUAAAGCAGUGGCAAAGCAGAGGUUUAUUCUAGCUGCUUACAGACAUACGUGGAUCUUGCAACACACCCAGCACAUCUGUCAGCGGGCGCUUUUGGGGGAAAUAUAUAUACAUAAGAAAUAGAUGAGAUUCAAAGCCAUACUGAUAGUGGAAUGCUAAGAAAUGGGAAGUACCGGAACAGCUGAUUAUAAAGAAAUAGAAAUAAACUUGGCCAGUGAGAAUGGGAUGAUGGAUCCUUUGUAGUAAGUAUGUAAUUGACCAUAGGAGCAUUUUAUUUGCAUGGGACACAAAGUCUGAGAAAUGCUUCUGGGUUCUGCUUGUUCUUUGUAUAACUCAGAGGCAAAGGACAAAAAUAAACAGGAAAAGAAAACAAAAGUGUUCAAGCAGCUGCUUGAUGGUUCUAGAAACAGAAAAAGCUUCCUCUCUUGCAGUUUAUAAAACACAAGAGAUAAGAUCAGUACAAAUUUCAGCUACAACAUACUCUGAAAACCCAGUAGGAUGUUACAAGGUCAAAGAGAGGUUGAGACAGUUAUGAAACAGUUAGCUGUGGUAAAACAGGAAGCUUCCACAAAUUAUGCAAAAUGUGGACAGGUAACCUCUUAUGAAAACAACUGAAAUAUCGUGCUGCUGUAUGCAGUGUAUUAAAAUGUGUUGCUUUUUCUCUUUCUAUUUUUAUGAAUUCCUUCUUUUUUGACAGUUCCUUAAUGGGUACUUGCUUCUUUUCUUUCUUUUCUUUAAUUCUGCAUGUGCAAAGCAGACAUAAGCACAAACUUUUUUCCCUAAAAUUUAUAAUUGGACUAAGUAAUAGGAUUUCAGUCUAACACCUCAUUAUUAUGUUUCUGUGUCUAAAUUCAGUCAUUUAUUUUUACUUAUAGACCACUGUAAUUUUGGAUUUUUGUGUAUUAAGACUAAUUUAGUAAUUAUCAGCUACUAAAACUAUUUGGCUGUUUUCUAAAAGGAACUGGCCUUAGGGUUAUAAUGAUCUUGUAGUGUAUUUUUCAAAAAUGUGGAAUUGUAUUGUGUGCUGUUAAAUCUCUGUGAAAAUUUAUUAUGUAAUGGUAAACCUUGUUCUGUUGUUUCAAUGUACAUGCUUCUUAAAACUAACAAUUAUGUUAAAUCUACUCUGUGUGUGUUACACACUCAGUUCCUGUAGUUGAAUUGUCUGAGUGAAAAUCACCACCUGACAUGAAAAAGAGACUUUUUUUAUGUAAUAUUAUACUAUGUUCAAUAAUUUGA